CCAACUCGCAACAGUAGUCUCCCCCUCCUCUCUCUCUCUCUUUUCAGUUCAGCGCUUUUUUUUCUCUCCUACUGUGAAGUGAACUGCCGCCAUGUUCUUCUGAGCCAGUAUGACAGUCAGACGGGAGGAAGAGAGACAGGGACACAGUCUGUGACUAAAACCACGGUUUAACUCAGCUUUUCGGAGAAUGAGCCACAUAUUUUAACGCCACUGAACGUUUAGAAAGGUGGAAGUUUUCCGUUUAAAAAAAUUUGAAACAGAAGAGCAGUUCUGUUUUACAGCGAAAUCGGCGUGUCCGGAUGUUACAGCGCGAUAUAUUUUAUUUUCCUAUGGCGUAGGCACCUUUUUAUAAAGGCAGAUCUUUUUACAUAUUUGGGGGGUCGGAGGGGCGCCUCCGGUAGAAUCUAUAAGCACAUCUUGUCUGUUUUUAAAAAGCUUUUUUUUAACCGAAAAAAUACACGAGUAAAUGUCUAAUUUGUGUGAAAUAGAAGAAAAACACAUUCCAACAUUCGUUCGUGACUCUGAAAGGAUGACUAUCGAUACUAACGGGAUUUAAUUGGUGUUUUGGACGUUUAAUUGAUUAUCAAAGACUCAUCAUUUGCCGUCUACGAGAUUUUAAAGACGACGAUAGGGAAAUACUAUUAUUUCCUUCCUUGAAGCCCUACGGUGAGCGGAUUCCAAAGAUGACGGGCUCUACCCCGGCAGACAUGAUUAACCUGCGUCUCAUCCUGGUCAGUGGGAAGACGAAAGAGUUCCUGUUCUCUCCCAAUGACUCGGCCGCAGACAUCGCCAAACACGUCUACGAUAACUGGCCAAUGGACUGGGAGGAGGAACAGGUCAGCAGUCCUAACAUCCUGAGGCUCAUCUACCAGGGUCGCUUUCUACAUGGAAACGUCACGCUAGGAGCUCUCAAACUGCCUCUGGGGAAAACCACAGUGAUGCAUUUAGUUGCCAGAGAGACGUUGCCUGAGCCAAACUCCCAAGGUCAGAGGAACAGAGAGAAAACUGGAGAGAGUAACUGCUGUGUCAUCCUGUAAAUACCCACCUCCCUCCCCCACCUCCAUCCCCCAAUCCUCACCACCCCUAUCUUGGAUCCAACCAACACACUGUCCUGUCUUGCAGUCUCUCUAGAAUUCUGCUGCACACACACACACACACACACACACACACACACACACACACACACACACACACACACACACACACACACACACACACACACACACACACACACACACACACACACACAAAACAUUCUGUGUUCCUCAUAGCAAUACAGUGCACUUGCUUAUAAACUGUGUGUGUGUGUGUGGGCCGGUCUCUCUCACUCAGACUUAACCACUAAAUAAACCCCCGCCCCCCCCACACACCCUUUGACCACCCACUUAUCCAGAUGUGCUGUGUAUCUCCCAUAGUGCAGCAAAGCAUUGAUGUGCCUGAUCAGAACACACACACACACAUGCCUGUGUCCUUUUUACCUCCCCCUCUACCACUUGUGUAUAUGCCCUUAAAUCUUACACUAGUGCAUUGACAGACCGAUCCAGUCUAUUAUUCACUCAUGAUGGUUCGAGCCAAUUACUAACAAACAGUGUUGUUAUUUGGCCAUAAUAUCAUGUUGUUGACUGUGUUUUGACAGUCGGUCCUCUUCUCCUUUCUGACCGGUCAGUGUUUUAGAUCAUUCCUCCGUCAGAACCCUCACCCCCCCCUUUUCCCCUGAACAACGAGAAAGAAACUGAACAAGGGGAAGAAAGACAGACAGAUCUCCCUUCUUCCUCGUUCCUCCUCACCAGAAAGACAGACAGAUCUCCUUUAUUCCCCGUUCCUCCUCACCAGAAAGACAGACAGAUCUCCUUUAUUCCCCGUUCCUCCUCACCAGAAAGACAGACAGAUCUCCUUUAUUCCCCGUUCCUCCUCACCAGAAAGACAGACAGAUCUCCUUUAUUCCCCUUUCCUCCUCACCAGAAAGACAGACAGAUCUCCUUUAUUCCCCGUUCCUCCUCACCAGAAAGACAGACAGAUCUCCUUUAUUCCCCUUUCCUCCUCACCAGAAAGACAGACAGAUCUCCUUUAUUCCCCGUUCCUCCUCACCAGAAAGACAGACAGAUCUCCUUUAUUCCCCGUUCCUCCUCACCAGAAAGACAGACAGAUCUCCUUUAUUCCCCGUUCCUCAUCACCAGAAAGAAAGACAGAUCUCCUUUAUUCCCCUUUCCUCCUCACCAGAAAGACAGACAGAUCUCCUUUAUUCCCCGUUCCUCCUCACCAGAAAGACAGACAGAUCUCCUUUAUUCCCCGUUCCUCCUCACCAUAAAGACACACAGAUCUCCUUUAUUCCCCAUCCCUCCUCACCAUAAAGACAGACAGAUCUCCUUUAUUCCCCGUUCCUCCUCACCAGAAAGACAGACAGAUCUCCUUUAUUCCCCAUCCCUCCUCACCAUAAAGACACACAGAUCUCCUUUAUUCCCCAUCCCUCCUCACCAUAAAGACACACAGAUCUCCUUUAUUCCCCUUUCCUCCUCACCAGAAAGACAGACAGAUCUCCUUUAUUCCCCGUCCCUCCUCACCAGAAAGAAAGACGGAAUACACCUCCCUCAUCCCACCUUUCUCCCUGAAAGAAUGAAAAGACAGACAGAUCUGUUGAAUACCUCUAGUGUUGUGAUGGGUUGGGUCUGCUUGCCAAUCCAAGCCAAGGGAAAGAACCAAUCUGGAAUUAAGUGUUAUUUUCUUCCAAAUCUCUUUCUUCUUCACUUAAAGAAAGAUAAAGGCAUACAUUUUUUUGCACAACAAUGAACGCAUGUGCCCUAACCAGCCCCCCCCAGCCCUCCACCAUCACCGAACGACCUGUAAAAAGAGUUUCUUAUUUUACUUAGUAUUUUUCCAAUGGGAAUAAUAUAUAUAUAAAAAAACUAAGGUAACAUAUGUGUAGAAUAUAUUGAAUAUAAAUAUUCUCUAGAACAUGAUGAUGCCUCUAGAUCCUGUUGAUGCCAGUAUAUUGAUGUUUUUAGUGUCUCUGUGUGCACCAUCAUUAACUAGCUAGCUUCCUAGACAGAAGUUCAAACUGUCACCUUGCUGACGACGCUACAGUACGUCCCAAAUGACACCCUAUUUCAGAUCUAGUGUGAUACUUUUGACCAAGGCCUAUAGGACCUGCGAAAGAAUAGUGCGGGAGGUGUACUUGUACAUCAAGCUGCCUUAAACUAAAGAAACAGGAGAUGGGCUCCUGCCUUAUGGGCUUUUCUGGCUCAGACAAGGCUACUUACUUAUGUAGGGCCCUGGUCCAAAGUAGUGCACUAUAUAGUGUGCCAUUUAGGGCAUAGUCAACUUGUUGUCCUUUAAGCAGCAAAACAGAACCAUCCUCCUAAUCAUUGACAUACAGAACUAUUUGAAACAUUUUUUUAAAUGUAUUUUUAUUUUCUGUAAUUUUUUUCUUUGUGUUUUAUUUUGCUUUGUAACAGCACUAGGUCUUAAAGGCUCUGUCCCAAAUGGCACUCUAUUCCCUAUAUGUUGUACUACAUUUGACAAGGACCCAUAAGGCUCUGGGCCAAGGUAGUUCACUAUGAAAGGAAAUAGGAGGCCAUUUGGGAUGUAGCCAAAUAUUAUAGUUUAUCUUGCUCAGUAAUCAGGGUUUCAAGCUGUACAGUGAUAAUAUUGAAAAGCAUUUUCUAAAUGAUUGUAAAUAGCACUAAUCUAAUGCUCAUCCCCUAUACCCCUCUUCCAAACUUCAAAUGGAAUAAAUCCAUCUGUCAACUAAAUAAAGAUUAUUGAAGUGCAGCCAUUGAUUUAUGACUUGAUCCAUCUAUUAACUAAAUAUAGAUUAUUGAAGUGCAGCCAUUGAUUUAUGACUUGAUCCAUCUAUUAACUAAAUAUAGAUUAUUGAAGUGCAGCCAUUGACUUAUGUGAUCAUUACUCUCAUUAAACAAUCAUUAUGUUGCGCCUU